CUGGACAACGUGUAAACCCGUUAUUGGGUAGUAGCUCACCAUCGGUUGGCCUAGUAUCGCACAUCUCUGGAAGCCCCGUGUUUGCUGUGACAGACAUCGACAUCGCCGCCUUCGAUUUCGAUAUCGGUGACAUAAUCCCUUCGGAUUCGGGCUAAUCGCGCGAGUUCAGCACUCGGGUACGCGCCUCCUGCGACCACGUAACCAAAGGAACCAAGGCGGAACUUAUCCCUUGACCCACUCGCACACGUGGGUUAUGUAACGUGGCCGGACGCAUCCGAGUGGCCGAUUUUCCCCUGCACCUCCACCGGCCGCUGACCCACUAAGCCCCGCCGAACAGGGUUUUCCCAGAAGGCUGUGAUCGUGAAAGCAUCUUUGAUCACGCGAGAAGAAAGUUGGUGAACGCGAUCGUGAGCUGUGCCUGGCUGUGCGUUUGUGUGCGUGUUUGUGAAGUAAAAGAAAGUUUUGCUCCCGCUUUGCGCAACGUCUGUGGGGCCGUGGAGAAAGUUUCCUUGUGAGUGACUAAAGCGAAAGAUAGAGAGCGCGGGCGCGACACAACGAAGGAACAAUGGGUAGCAGUAACGCGAGCCAAAGCAAGUGGCCGGAGCGAGUCGGGAUCGUGGGGCUAGAGAUCGUCUUCCCAUCACAGUUCGUCGAUCAGACGGAACUGGAGGCGUUCGAUGGUGCGUCAGCCGGGAAAUACACGAUCGGGUUGGGCCAGCAGCGGAUGGGCUUCUGCUCGGACCGCGAGGACAUUAACUCGCUCUGCCUGACCGUGGUGCGUAAUCUGCUCGAUCGCUACCAGAUCCCCGUGAACCGGAUUGGGCGGCUCGAGGUCGGCACGGAGACGAUCGUAGACAAGUCAAAGAGCGUCAAGUCGGUGCUGAUGCAACUGUUCGAGCCGGAAGGUGUGACCGAUCUCGAGGGUAUUGACACGACGAACGCCUGCUACGGAGGGACGGCGGCCCUAUUGAACGCCAUCAACUGGAUCGAGUCGUCCAGCUGGGACGGUCGCUUGGCACUCGUCGUCUGCGGGGAUAUCGCGGUGUAUGCGCAAGGAUCGGCCCGACCGACGGGAGGAGCCGGAGCCGUCGCCAUGCUCGUCGGUCCGGACGCGCCGCUCUGCUUCGAUCGUGGCCUGCGGGCGACGUACAUGAAGCACGCGUACGACUUCUACAAACCCGACCUCAGCUCAGAGUAUCCCGUGGUGGACGGGAAGCUCUCGAUCCAGUGCUACCUAAGUGCCCUUGAUGCGUGCUACCAGCUGUACCGGAAAAAGUUCGCCGAACGGCACCCGGAGCCCGGAACCGGCCCCGUCACGCUCGACACCUUCGAUGCGCUCAUCUUCCACAGUCCGUACUGCAAGCUGGUGCAGAAAUCGCUGGCCCGCAUCGGGUUGAACGAUUUCGUGCUCGCAACGCCCGAUCAGCGGGCGGCCCGCUUUCCUGGGCUGGGCCAGCAGUUCGACAGCGUGCGGCUCGAGAACACGUACUUCGAUCGGGACGUGGAGAAAGCGUUCAUGACGCAGUAUGCCGGCGUGUUUGCGGCGAAAACGCAGCGCUCGCUGCAUCUGGCCAGCCAAGUCGGCAACAUGUACACACCGUCCGUGUACAGCUGUCUCGUUUCCCUGCUGAUCGGCUCCGAGGUGGACGAGCUGCUCGGCAAGCGGAUCGGCGUGUUUUCGUACGGUUCUGGGUUGGCCUCCUCGAUGUACUCGCUCAGCGUCACCAACGACCCGGGGCGAUUGGCGGAGUUUAAGCGACACCUGAACUACGUCCAACCGCUACUCGACCGACGGGUGAAGGUCGCUCCGGCCGAGUUCACCCGGCUGAUGGAGGUGCGAGAAAAGAACAACCACGCUGCACCGUACGAGCCGACCGGUUCGGUGGAUGUCCUCUUUCCGGGUACCUACUACCUAAAGGCGGUGGACUCGAUGCACCGGCGAACGUACGAGCGUGUCCCACCGGAACAACCGUCUUCGUAGAACGACGACGAUCGCGACGCGACAACCGGAACCACCAACCGUUCCCAAUCCACUUGUUUUGCUUUUCAUAACCCAUUUGUUUCGCCCAUUUUAUUUAAAUGCCUGGUGAGUGUCCAAGCGCCUGCGGUGAGGAAAGAACUUUGUUGUUUCGAUGAAACUGAGAGGCUCAGUUAGUGGUACGGUAUUACGGUCAGUAGGUUUAGGAGGCGGAUGAUGGCAGAUGGGAUCGAUCGUCGUAUUGGAGCGAAUUCGUGUAACGAUUUCUUAGCGAAUCCAUGUCUGUUGCUAGGUUUUUCUUUUUUUUAAACUCCUUUUUCCACCUCACACGUCUCUGUCCCCCUUUCCGGUGUCUUUUGAUAGUGUUAGUGUAAUUUGUUUGUUUUUUUUUAUCAUUAAACAAUAUAAAGACCAAGGAAAGU